GUGCUCGCCCUUCCCCAACCACCCGCCGCCUGCUCCACCCGUCAGCAGACCACCACCUCGCCGGCAAGGACACCCUGAACGCCUCGCCCUACCCCUGACCACGAUCCUCCCGGCCGUCGGUUCUCAAAUCACACUGCUGCGAAUUUCCUGGCCAUGGUUGCCAAACGUCGCCAGAGCCGGCGUGCGCACGCCUAUCGCCCCUACAGAUGCGAUCGAAGCGCAUCUCCCGGAACAAAUCGGCGCUGCUGGAGACCAUCAAAGGAUUCUACUCCGCGGCGCUGGACAGGCUACCGGUGGACGAGAUCCCGGCGCUGGUCCCGCGCCUCCUUAAGGUCGGUCUCUGCGUCGGCUUCGCCGACCCCAUCUCUAAUAUCAUCGUCAACACCGUCUCCUCCCGCCGCAAGCCCGCAGUGACGCGCAUGUCCGACGACGGCAACGAGGAGAAGGCGGCGGCGAGGAGGCGGAAGGCGCUCCUCCGGGCAGUCUCCGGCACCCGAAAGGCCAGGUACUGGCCGCCGCCCCGCCUCCUCCUCCGCGACAUGUCCAUGGCCGAGAGAUCGCUCGAGGCGCUCGUGGCAUUCCUCACCUACUACUUCCCCGACCUUCCCGCCUGCGAGGCGCUUGAGUAUCUCCGCCUGGCCAAGGCCGACCUUCUCUCUGCCGUGCGGCUCGUCAAGGAGGACCGCAACUCCAGCUCCAGCUUCAGCUUCGCCUCCCGGACCACCAAGACAGCCCUCAAGUGCGCCGCCUUGGCUGCCUGCCACCCCAAGCCGAGGGCCCUCGUGAACAGGUCCUACUCGUUUGCUUCUCGGAUGGAGCAAUUGUCCCAUCUCCUGGCAACCGAAGGCGGCUGCCUCUCCUGCACUACCAUUGAGAAUAUCAACAGAUUGCUGAUAGAGCCCCGGCCAAAGCUUGGAGGCCUCGCCGCGGUAACACCUCAGUUCCAUCUGGAGCUGAACAUGGAGCCACCGUUUGUUCCUACAAAAUCUUUGCAGAGCACCCUGCUACACAAGAUCUAUGGAUUUUACCUCGAGGCACUUGCAUUGCUGCCGACGGACGACUUGCGCAUGUGCUACCACCGGGGCCUCCUUAAGGCUGGUCACUGUUACGGGCCUUUGACAGAUCCAGUCUCCAACAUUGUGCUCAACACACUCUGGUACAAUACGGUGUUCCCAGCGGAAGGAGGGCUCUCUGUGACCACCAUGAUCUGCUCAAGGAGCCUUGUCCUUGUUGCGCGCCGCUCCCUUCGUGGCCUUGUUGCUUACGUCCGCCAUUGCUUCCCCAUGAUGUCUGAACACCAAGCCUUACACUAUCUGCUCUUCACCGAGGUUGAUCUUUGGGGAGCAACCGACAUGGCAAUGCAACAAGGACACACCGAGAGAACUAUGUUGACCCCGUACAGUGCGUACAAGGCUGCAACCACCGCAGCACAACACCCAGAUCCUGAUGCAAUUAUAGAAUUUUUCGCGUCAAUAUUUCCCUUGAUGCUUGUUACCAUGGAGGGACAGCCAUUUUUGUCGGAUGUGCAAUACAGCCAGCACGUGCUGUCUAUAUUCUGUCCCACUCCCAAUGAUUCGAUCCGGACAGUUCCUAUGCUUUCUGAGGGGGGAUCCAGGUUCCUGUCGUGCAUUCUGAAAGAUUUCAAGGAAGAGGAACGUUUCGUCUAUAGGAAGGUUGAUGCUAUGCUGACGAAAUACACACAGCGAACUAGGGGACCUGAAUAUGAGCUUCAUGUUAUCUGCGGCUUGAACUCAAACGUAGGCAGUUCUUUUGUUUUCGGCCUCCAUUAUGGCCCCUUGGUUCCUUGGCACCCAAAGAAAACUCAGCAUUCUCACAUCAAUUUUUUGGCAAGGCCUAGAGAUUUACGUUCUUCUAACAUGGGCACUGUACUGUUCUUUGCUGAGUGCUCCAAUGAUGAAGAUGACAUCGAUGAAUUGUCGUGUUGGCCAGUCAUGGGACAUCCGGGUCGUUGCUAUUAUUGUGAGAAUGAAGGGGCAAAGAUCAUACAUCCAGAUCUACAGAAGUAUAUUGGGCGUGACAUCGACUUCGAACGUAUGGCGUGCGAUGACAGAAGUGGCAUGACCACCGAAGGUUCUAUCAGUGGUGGCGAGUUUAUAAUUGAUUCUGUAGAUGUAUGUGAGGAGGAUUGCAUCUAUUUCGAUGCCGACAGGGACACCAAGUGUGCAGAGUUCUUGAAUGCCCGUGGUAGGACUAUGCAGGGUCCCAGACUCGUUUAAUAUUAUUUUUGGAGUACUUUGAGCUUCAAGCCUACUUUGUUACCUUCGCCUGAACUCUGCCCGGGAUGUUGCACGGAUCUUUGGCUCAUCAAGGAUGCUCACAAUUUCUAUACUAGGAUAAUACAUUGAUGUUCACAUCGACCAUCUGUUCAGUAUCGUUGGCGAUGAUGCUGACAGCAGUGCUCGCGGCAAGGUCGGUGAUUUCCUGUGUCCGUAGACCUCUAUUUCUUCAGUGUUAUACCCCAGAUAAUAGGGGGCCGUUUUCACAUUGUGCCAGUUUGAUAAUAAGAGUAACAUGUUAUUGUGGGUGAA